AUGUAUCGAGUGUUCUUAGGGCUAGACGAAGCCAAACUAGAAUACAUUAAACGUGAAUCACCCGUCGUUCCUCGUCUUACUCAAGCAACCUAUGAGUAUGGAGUAACUAGUGACAUGUUACGUGUCGCUCAAGCUGUCACCAUCGCUCCGGAGCCUAUUAAGAAGAUCAUCAAUGCAAUUGGUCAUCUUAAAUAUGAAGACAAAAUAUUUCUUCCCGCUGUUGCUGCCGAACCCAGAGAUGUCAACAAUAGGAUUAUUCCUAGACCAGAGUGA